AUGAAACUUGUAUGCAAAUUGUCUGAUAAAAGUGUAGUUGAGUUGUCUGAGGAUAUCAUAAUCGAUAUAUUACAUCGUUUGCCUUCAAAAUCUCUUGCAAGGUUUGAAUGUGUGUGUAAGCAUUGGCAGAGGUGUAUUGCUGAUCCAUCUUUGGUUCAUAGUUGUCGUUCUCAACGAUGGAAUCCUCACCCCUACAUGAUAGGUUUCUUUUAUCAAAGUAGAGUUUUCGUUCAAGAAUUUCAAGAAAGUCAUUUUUUCUUUUUGUCUACUAAAUCAUCACAAGUGAUUGAUGGUAGUUUAGAUGAGUCAGUCAAUUUUCUUGGCAGGAGAUUGUGUAUUAUUGCAUCUUCUAACGGUUUCAUUCUUACUUGUGAGAAUUUAUUACAUCAGGAGGUUUACUAUGUUUAUAAUCCAGCAACGAGGCAACAUUUUUCCGUGCCUAAAAUUCAAAGAUCCUCCAUAACCCUGCCAGCUAUUGGAUUUCAUUGUAAAGUCGAUGACCCUGAAAAAGACGUGAUCUCCUUUACAAUAGUUCGUUAUAAAACCUGGCAUGAUCUUGGUUCGAGUGUAACAAUUGAAAGUUUCUCUUCCGAGACUAACAUGUGGUCUAACAUCAAUAUCACGCUAGAUGUACCUGUUAGAGUCUUCCUUAAUAGAUGGAUGAAAUUAGCAUCAGCUGGGGUAAUCGAUGGUGUGUUCUGUUGGAUUGAUUUACAAUCACAGAUAAUUUUUUAUGAUAGUGUCAAUACGCAUUUCUGGGCUUUGCAAUUGAAUCAAGAGAUGUAUGUCUUGUACUCUAGGUGUCUUGGAGUAUCGGGUGGGGAUCUCUAUUAUGCAUCGUAUAACGAGGCAGACCUUACACUGUGGUACCUCGAGAGCAAUAUUCGUAGUCAAGAUGCAGUAUGGGUCAGGAAAUAUACUGCAAAUUUAACCAAUGCACUUGUAAAUUAUUGUCCAGGGCUUUUUCAAGCCGAGGUGAUGUGUGUGGAUAUUCAUCCUGCUAAUCCGCACAUCGUUUAUCUGGAAAUAAAUGGUAACAUUGUUUCAUAUGACUUGGAAAAGAAUAUUGCAGAACUUCUGUAUGAUAUGGGAGUGGGAGACUACUUAUUGUUUACUUAUGAGUGUCAUCGUUGGCCGCGUCUUCUUUAA